AUGGCACAAGCUCCACAGGGCCAAUCUGAUGCCUUGAAUGAAGGCAGACGCAUCUACCUCGGUAAUCUACCAUACCGAGCUAACCCCUACGACAUCGAAACGAUCCUCGCCACCAAUGGCUUCAACAAGAUAGAAAGUAUCCACAUCUCAGUCGAUCCCGUGAGCGCGCGAAACCCAGGCUACUGCUUCGUCGACUUUCCAGACAAAGAGACCGCCGACCGUGCACUUUCCUCCUUGAGUGCACAAAUCGACGGGCGAUCUGUCAAGGUCGGACCAUGUGAGCCUAAGAAACAACAUAGUCGUCGAUUCAACCGUGAAGACGAGUACGCCUUUAAGAGAUGGGGUGAUUGGAACUCGCAGUCCCGCAAUAGCGAUAACGCUGUCAGUCAGCCUACCGGCCAGGGUAUUGAGCAGGGUCCUAUCGGGGCACUGAAUCAUUUCGAUGAUAUGGUUGGGAAUUCCAAGGGCCGGAGGCUGUAUGUUGGUGGGUUGGGCAAGAUGGUCAAUCAAGCCGAGCAUAACAGUGAAAUCGCUGACCUUCUUCGUGCUUUUAACCCGAUUGCCAUUGGAAAACGCAUCACUCCGGCUGAGCAUACGAGAAUGCUCCCUGGAAAGCACCACUACUGUUUCGUUGACUUUGAAACCAAGGAGGACAUGAAUGCUGCUAUUCAAGCACUUAAUGGGAGGGUUCAUAUGGGGAGUCGAUUGAAGGUUGUGCCAGCGUGGGACAUGCCAAAAGCUCUCAAGGAUCGACGAACGGGGUUUCGAAAUAGUCGCGGUGACGAAGAUGGAGGUCAAGAAGUCUCUUAUUCCGACUACAUGGCGAGAUCUAGUCGGGCGCUUGAAUCGAACGACUGGCGCAGGAAGGAUGAUUCAAGUCCGUAA